AUGAUGAAGGUGCUCUGGCUCUGAAGGAAGCCUGUCAACUUCUCCCAGAAAUAUCAAGUCCAACAAUACACCCGAAGGUUGCUCAGGUACUCUUGGAGCGGGAAAACCCUGAUGCAGCUCUCAUGGUUCUGAGGUGGUCUGGACAAGACGGGACACAGCUAGUUUCACUUCGGGCGGCUGUGACUGGUGUUCGUGUGCGGGUAGAGUGUGGACUUUUGACUGAAGCAUUCACGUAUCAGAGGCUGGUCUGUGCUAGGAUCAAGGAAAAGAAGUUGAGGGGUGAAGAAUUUCAGAGUGCUUCUGUUGAAGUAGAGGAUCAAUGCUGGUCGUGGGGUCUCUGGAUGGAGACUCUUGUCACUGAAAUUUGUUGUCUUUGCAUUAGGAGAAACUUGGUUGACCACAUGAUAGAACUGCCAUGGAAUGCUGAUGAGGAGAAACAUCUUCAUAAAUACCUGCUGGAUUUUACUGCGGAGGAUCCUUCAACGGCCAUAGGAAGUCUUCUCGUUGUUUUCUAUUUACAGCGUCAAAGAUAUGUUGAAGCAUACCAAAUUGAUCAGAAGCUUCAGGACAUGGAGGAAAACUACAUUUCUCAAAAUUCCGCCACAGAAGAAGUCUUAGACAGGAUAAAAUCAACAAAUCAUUGGAGAACUUGUUUGGUUGACAAGGGAGUAGAGUUGUUACCAAAUAUCUUACAACAACAAGUGAGGACAGGGAAGUUGCCUGAAGUUGUUACUUGUAAGGACACAGUUGACAUUUCUUUGAAGCCCAAUGGUGAAGCUCAAGAACCUAUCUUGACCAGUUUAUUGGCUAAUCCUCCCACUGAUCCUACCCUCGUUCAGCGAGUUGAUAUUGUUAAACAUUCUGUUCUUGAUGCUCCGCCUGCACUUGGGGGAUCAUUAAAUCUAUCUAGCUAUAAAGUUGGGCAUUAUGGUUCUCCCAGUUCCCCAGCUAAUCCUGAAAGUAUCCUAGGCAAAAAAUUGAGAUUUGAUGAGAUUGCGACCCCUGCAAGUCGUUGUAUUGAUCCUCCUGCUCCUGAGAUGAAGAUCUCCAGGAAUUCAUUAAGGGACUCUUCUAUUAGCCGCCUUCGCAAUUCUCAAACAUAUAGAGUUUCACCAGAGAAGUCUCAGAAUGGGUUUCAGAAGGAAUCUUAUAUUUUUCACCAGAUUUCUGGCAACCAUGUAAAUUCUCUUACCAGCAACAGAGGCAUAUUAAAAGAUUCAGUUGAAGAUUCAUACAUGAAUUAUCCUGGUAAACGUCUACUCUCAGAUGCUGCUGAUAGACCUCGGAUGUUACCAUUAAAUGAUUCGAUAGAUAUAACUUGGAGUCAUGAAGAAGAAGGUUCUCCCACAGUGCGUCUAGAAACUAAUGGUGGACCAAGGUGGAGGUCCGAUGACACCAGUGAAGACGAGGAUUAUUUAUCACCAGAUGGACUCGCUGGAGUCGCCUCUCCUGCACGCAUCUCAAGGGGAGUCAGAAGAAGCAGGAUUGCGAGGAGAAGAUAGACCUUGUUGUUGUAGAGUCUGAGAAUGUGACAACAUAUGUAUCCCUUUUGCUGGAUGUGGCUUUUCGUUGGAGACCAGAGUUGAGAGGCAUUGAAGUAUUUGUUAACAGGUUGCUGCUUGAAUUUCUCCUCUUGGCAAUGGUAAACUUGGGUCGGAACUGAUUUUUGAAGCUCGGCCCCUCGACGUUUCCUCUUUCGACCCUUGCUCUGGUUUUCAUUUGGAUGCAGCACAUACUUUCAAAGAACAGCCAAUGCCUGGGUUAACAAUUUUUGUAUGUGAGAUUAGCGAUUUGAGGCUUGGCUGUAACAUAUUUAUUGUUUCCUUUUGAAGUGCCCAUAUUACGGAAAUUCUUUGAAAAGCAUGUAGAUAGAUGCGUAAACUGACCUUGAUAUUCUGUAAUAGGCUUACCUUCGGCUUUUUGUUUCCAUUUUGUUGUCGAGCAGUUAGGCCUUUUGCCACCCAUAUGCAGUUGAUAUCUGACUUUAGAGCACUAA